AACCAUCAUCGAUAAAACUGGCAACAAUACGUGUUUAAGCAAUUGAGCAAAAUUAAAACAAAAUUAAACGAAAAACCAGCAUUAAAAUGCCUACAGAAAUAGAAAAUAUAAACCCAAAUGUUUAUGGCAAGAUUAAGGAGCGUGUGGUGACUGCAAGCGAGGAGGAUGACAACAUACCCGAUCCCUUUGACAAACGCGAAAUAUUUGAUCUUAUACGUAACAUCAAUGACCCCGAGCAUCCGCUGACACUGGAACAGUUGCACGUGGUACAGGAGGAGCUAAUCACCAUCAACGACUCGCAGAAUAUGGUGCACAUCAACUUUACGCCUACAAUACCGCAUUGCUCCAUGGCCACGCUAAUAGGACUCUCUAUACGCGUAAAGCUGCUGCGCUCACUGCCGCCACGCUUUAAGGUAACCGUAGAGAUUACGCCCGGUACACAUGCUUCCGAAAUGGCUGUGAACAAGCAGCUGGCGGAUAAGGAGCGCGUGGCUGCGGCGCUGGAGAACAAACACUUGACAGAGGUCAUUAAUCAGUGUAUCGCAGCCAAGGGUUAAAGAAGAAAAAAGAUUUUGUUGUUGUUUUUAAGUAAUACAAAUUAUAUAUUUUUAGCAUAAAGAAACUUUCCGUAA